ACGAGAUCCAGACAACCCCCAUCAUCUUCUGCCUCAGACAAGCAAACAACUGAAAACACACAAACAAACAGGAUUUUGUAGAGAGAAGGUGAAGACUCUACGCGACUGGUUGAAAUGCAAGAUCCGUCGAAUCUAAAUUCUAAGCCGCAAAAUGCGGCGGCGUUUCCGUUUAGGCCGUCUCAUCAUCGACGAGCACACUCCGAGGUGAACUUCAGGCUACCGGACGAUCUAGAUCUGGCGUCAGACCCAUACGAUGCACCGUCUGAAAGCUUCGAAGAGCUAGGAUCUGAGGAAGAUCUGUUUUGUACUUACAUGGACAUUGAGAAGCUCGGAUCCAAUUUGAACGAUGGCGGUGCUCUGGAUAACGGUCGGAUCAACAAUGCUGGUGGCGGUGGUGGGCCUUCAGAGGAUCAUAAUGGUGGCGGUGAUGAUGGCGAAAGGACCGGUACUAGACCUCGACAUCGUCAUAGUAAUUCAGUGGAUAGUUCGAGUUUUUUGAGUGAAAGCAUAGAAGCUAAGAAGGCAAUGGCUCCUGAUAAACUUGCUGAAUUGUGGACUGUUGAUCCCAAGCGAGCUAAGAGGAUUUUGGCAAAUCGACAAUCUGCUGCUCGUUCGAAAGAGAGGAAGGCACGAUAUAUGUCUGAACUUGAGAGAAAAGUUCAAACCCUGCAAACAGAAGCAACCACACUUUCAGCACAAUUGACUCUGUUUCAGAGGGAUACAACUGGCCUGUCUUCUGAAAACACAGAGCUUAAAAUGCGAUUACAAGCUAUGGAACAACAAGCUCAUUUACGCGAUGCUCUGAACGAGGCACUGAAGCAAGAAGUAGAAAGACUGAGAAUGGCAACAGGAGAAAUAGCAAGCUGUUCAGAUGGUUACAAUCUAGGAAUGCAUCAAAAUCAACACCAUUCUCCCUACAACCACCAAUCAAACUUCUUUACAAACCAUCAACAACAUCCAGAAUACCACCACCAAUCUCAUCCUCUACUUGCUGCCACCCACCUACAGCAGCAGGAUCCACUAGGCCGCUUCCAGGGACUGGAUAUCAGCAGCAGAGGCAUAGGCAUAGGCAUAGGCAGAGGCAGAGUAGCCAAUCCUCAUCUUGUCAAAUCUGAAGGCCCUUCAAUCUCUGUCAGCGAAAGCGAAAGCAGCAGUACAUUUUGA